UUGGCGGGCACGGCCCUGGGUGCGCCUCUGCAGGUGCGGUGCUGCGGGGGGCGCGGGCCGACAGUGAGUGCGGAGAGCAAGGGCCCCUCUGAAGCGCUCCAGGAUCCUGCACAUGGCACUGAUGGGGACUUCCGACCCCUCCGGCGAGGCAGAGGCCAGCCAGGGGAAGCCCUUUCUGCUCCGGGCACUGCAGAUCGCACUGGUGGUCUUUCUCUACUGGGUCACCUCCAUCUCCAUGGUGUUUCUCAACAAGUACCUGCUGGACAGCCCCUCCCUGCAGCUGGACACCCCCAUCUUCGUCACCUUCUACCAGUGCCUGGUCACCACACUGCUGUGCAAGGGCCUCAGCACACUGGCGGCCUGCUGUCCUGGUGCCAUGGAGUUCCCCACCCUGCGCCUGGAUCUCAGGGUGGCCCGCAGUGUGCUGCCCCUGUCCGUGGUCUUCAUCUGCAUGAUCACCUUCAAUAACCUCUGCCUGAAGUACGUGGGUGUGGCCUUCUACAACGUGGGCCGCUCCCUCACCACCGUCUUCAAUGUGCUGCUCUCCUACCUCCUGCUCAAGCAGACCACCUCCUUCUAUGCCUUGCUCACCUGCGGCAUCAUCAUUGGUGGCUUCUGGCUUGGUGUGGACCAGGAGGGGGCAGAGGGUACCCUGUCUUGGACGGGCACCCUCUUUGGCGUGCUAGCCAGCCUCUGUGUCUCGCUCAACGCCAUCUACACCAAGAAGGUGCUCCCGGCGGUGGACGGCAGCAUCUGGCGCCUGACCUUCUACAACAACGUCAACGCCUGCGUCCUCUUCCUGCCCCUGCUGCUGCUGCUGGGGGAGCUUCAGGCCCUCCUCCACUUUGCCCAGCUAGGCAGUGCCCACUUCUGGGGCAUGAUGACGCUGGGAGGCCUGUUUGGCUUUGCCAUUGGCUACGUGACAGGACUGCAGAUCAAGUUCACCAGUCCCCUGACCCACAACGUGUCGGGCACGGCCAAGGCCUGUGCCCAGACGGUGCUGGCCGUCCUCUACUACGAGGAGACCAAGAGCUUCCUCUGGUGGACGAGCAACAUGAUGGUGCUGGGGGGCUCCUCCGCCUACACCUGGGUCAGGGGCUGGGAGAUGAAGAAGGUGCAGGAGGAGCCCAGCCCCAAGGACGAGGAGAAGAGCAGCAUGGGGGUGUGAGCUCCUGCGGGGACCUCAGGAUGGCCCGCCUAGGAGCACGCCCCCGGGAGAAAGCCCAUGAAUGCAGCGGAGGCCUCUCUUACCCAGAGAGGAAGGCCUGGAGGGGUGUUUGCAGACGGAUCGGAAUCUGGUGGUCAAAAUGGAACGGUGUUUUCAAGUAAUGUCGGGAAGUUACCAAUCCUAUCUCAACCUCCUUUCCUAUUUGGGGGGCGGACCCCCGUGGGAAGAGCACGUUGGCCCUUGGGGAGUAGGAAAGUGGCCCACCCCUUCCUGCCCCGUCCCAGGGCCUUCUACCUCCACGGGACCUUUGGGGUUGAGGACAGGCCACAAGCUUUAAGGAACAUCUGGCGAAGCCAUCCAGUCUUCACUUGUACUCAGGGAGACGUGUGUGACGCCACCACAGGUCAACUAAGGGGUUUGGGAAACCUCACAUCUCCGGGUCCCAGGGCAGGCAGCACAGCUUUCGCCCCACAAACCCAGCUUCCUUUGGAGGGAAGUGGCGGCUGGGCUGAGGGAGGAAAGGGACCAGUGUUCCCUCUUCUCUGCAGAGAAGCCACCAGGCCCCGUGGAAGGGGCGAAGGAUCAGUUGUACCUAUGCCUGGCCCUGGAACUCCCAGGGGUCACUGGGAAGUGGCCUGGGAAUGGGGCACAUCAUGGAAAAGCGCCCUUUCCCCACCAUCUGCACCCAUGUUUCCAGUUCUUGAACAUGAAGAACCACACAUCUCUUACAGGUUAAACAGAGUCAUUAGCACCCUCCCUAGCCCCUGACAGCCGUUUUAUUGCCUCACUCUGUCUCCCCGCACCUGGUGCAGCCGCCUGGCUCAGGAAGUGGAGCCAGGAGUCACUUCUGCUUCUUCCAACUCUGCUUCACCAGAGUUUCUCCCCAGGGGGCUGAUGGAGCAGUGUCCCAGCUCAGCACCUUCCACCUCAGCUGUGCUGGGCCCCCCAGAUCCCUGCAGGAAGGCUUGUAACCUGCUUCUGAGCCUCUUCCCUGCAUCAGUGAACCAUGGCAUUCUUCCCUAAGGGUGGGGCCGAAAGAACCUGAUUGUCCUCUCACCACACCCCCUGGCCUCUGGCUCGAUUUCACCCCUGGCCCUUCUGUUGGGCAUUUUGUUCCACCCAACUCCUUGGGGUAACUCCUGGUGGUUUAGUCCCUAGAGAGUGGGUUUUCUCAACACCCCCUUUUCCAGUCUCCCCACAAUCCCAAAUGGUUUCUAAUGAAGUUGGUGGGGCCUGAUGCCCUGAAUUGUGUGUGACUUAAUUAAAAUUGAAGUAAGCCA